CCUCAGUCUCCUGCACUCACCGCCAAUCGAGGGGCGACACCAUGCCAGGUGUACCUAGCAAACACACCAAGAUCGAGAACGACAGACACGCCUUCUGGAAGGCGCAGGAGCACUCGUUGCGGAGCUGAUCGGGCAUCCGCUACCACAGGGCAGGGCAGAAACACCCACCGAUAGAGCACAAGAAGGAUCUGAUUAGGCCAGAAACAGGCAUUUCCUUGACGUCCCCUUGGUUCUAGCAGAAGGAUACUCGCCAGAGUAGUAGUAGAUCAAUCCAGCCAGGCCAUAUUCUGUAGGAUGUGAUAACUGACUGUCCUUCACCCCGACUUCCUCGACCAACUCCAAAAGGAAAGGGCAAACUACAGCUCCACCAAGCUACUCCUAUCGAGCUACCAUCUCUCUCUCUAACACCCCCAGCCACAGCCAUGACCAUCCCCACCUACCUCACCACCCUCUCCCACUUCACUAACUUCCUAACCGCCUACAUACACACCCUCCUCUACCUCCGACACCUCUACCCCCGCCCCACCUUCCUAACCUCGCGUUUCCAUAACACCUCCGUCUACCAAUCGCGCCACCCCGCUGUCUGCGAAUGGAUCACCGAUGCCGUAUCCGCCAUCCGCACCGAACUCCUCGCCGGCACCGUUGCCAAGAUCGCAGUAGUCAUAUACUGGUAUGGUAUUGCCGAUGAUGGAACAGGGGCAGGUGGAACAGGCACAGGCGGAGCCGGGACAGUUGGGGGUGGGGGUGAAGGUAAUCCGAAGGUCUUGGAAAGGUUUAUGCUGGACGUGAGUUCGUUUCCGGUCGUAGGGAAGGGGGAGAGGAAUAUGGAGAUUGGGUGGGAAGGCGCGCUAGCCUCAAACGAGGACCAGGACUCCGACCAAGAGCAGGAACUCGAUAUGGAAGGCGCUGGUGCAAGUCGGAAGGGGAAGGAGAAACAGCGGGAGAAGCUCAAGGCUAAAGCAUUAGAUGUGGAUGUCGACGUCGACAUGUCCGAGCAGUUCCGCGCCGCCCUUAUUACGCUUACAACACGCUGCUCACAGCUCAAACCCUUGCCGAAGAACUGCUCGUUUAAUAUUUCAUUGGAGCUUAAAGAUGAGGCGGAUAUCGAUCCUCCGGUUGGCCACCCGCAGCCUUGGAUCCCCGUGCAACCCAGCCUGCAGAAGACUGGGAGGAAGCAUGUGCAAGCUGAGGAUCAGACCGACGAAAGAGGCAGGGAAGAAGGACAAGAUCUCGGGGGUGUGCGCACAACCCCAAUUCGGACCGUCGAAGCGGGCGUGUUUAGAUUUGAGACGUGGAUAGAGGAGGGUAAGGCGAAGUUUGAGCUGGAACGUGCGCCGAAGAUCGGCCUCGCGAGUUCUGGGGGUUGAUGGUGAAGAAUAUGAUCGAGAAAGACUACUGUAUGAAGGACUGGGUAUGCAGAGGACUCACAUCCCUUGCCCCAUACUAUUAGCGUUACAGCCCACCUAAGAUAGGCCUUAGGGAUUGAAAGAGCCUUGCUGAAUGUUAGCAGGUAGCCACAG